ACCAACAGGUUUUCUUCGCCACCAUAUUUUUUGCUUUGGCUCUCACUCCUCUUUCUUUCUCUUUCUUUCUCCGUGUGUGUGUCUUUGCUCUCUUUGUUGCUGUGGAAGAUGGGGGAAGAAGAGUGGGUUAGAGAGGCUAUGACGGACGAUAGGAUGGUGGCGGAACUGCUGAUGCGGCUCCGCCAGUCGAAAGAGGAUACGUCUUUGCCGGCGAAGAGACUGGUGGCUGUGUUGCCUGUGUGGGGGAUGAGGCAACCACGGUCGAGGCAGAUUUUGAGAUGCAAUACCGUUCAGGUGAAGAAAGAAGGGGAUUCGACGAGAGCCAGUCCGACGACGCCACUUUCCUGGAGUGGAGGUACGUCUUUAAGCGGUAGCGGCACUGUCGAUGGUUACGAGGAGUCCAGCUGUCCUUUGAAGCGCAAAAGCGGUGUUAGAUCUAAGGUUAUUUCUACUAGUGAAAAUGGCGGAAAAAGGUCAAGAAAAAAGAAGACAUUCGCAGAACUUAAGGAGGAGGAGAGUUUUUUGUUGAAGGAAAGGAUAAAUUUAAAGAAGGAGUUAGCAACACUUAGGGCCAAAUUUGAGGAACAGAGGACUUGGAAUGUGACCUUGAAGAAAAUGAAGUUUGAUAUGCAGCUCCAAUCAGCAAAAGAAGAACCUGCAAAAAUCGAAUUGAAGGAAGCAGAUGGUGAUGUACCCAACCAGACACAGGCUAAUCCAGUUGGUCACUCUCCUUCAGUCUUUCCAAAACAUGACACAUCUGAUGAACAUGAUGCUGUGGCAUACCCUUCUUCUGUUCCUGAUUCUUGCAGAAUACAAGAGGAGGAUGGUGAUAAGGCCAAUAAUUUCUUUGAGCUACCCGAUCUGAAUCUGCCUUUGGAAGAGGACUCAAACUCUGAGGUAUUAUAUGGAAUAAGCUGAGGAAAGACUUAAGUUGCUUAUGGAUCUUCAUCUUCUUUCCCAAGCUGGUUGGUUUGAUGGGCUCAAGAUCAGCAACUAUAUAUAUAUAUAUAGAACCCGUCUUCUAGCGCUGCUGGCGAAGUUGGAAAUAAUGCCACAGCCAUUGCUGCUGACAGAAGAAGAAGUUGGCUGUGAGUGAUGGAGAAGGUACUGAGGGUAGUGUAGAGAACCUAACCAUUAGAUACAGAGAUGGAAUUUUUUUUUUUAUUAUUAUUAUUUUAAAUUCAGGUUUCUUCUCUUCUACCUUCGUCCGCAAUUCUUUUGGGGCCAACCCUCAUUACUUCCUCUUUUCUGGAAAUAUUUACUGAUAAAAUUGUAAUUAACAAUGGAGAAUCAGAUCUCAUGAUUCCAAUUUUUCAAUUUUGUUCGUCGUUCA